AAGAUGCUCUCCGCCGGACCGAAUGGCUCGCCGUGACGGAAAAUCAUCCAAUGAAGUCGAAGGAGCUCGAGUUUCUAGCAGAUGGAGUAAAGGCCGAAGCUCGACGGCUCAAUAUCCUGGACAUGCGAAGCGGACAAAACGAACAAGGAGACAGCUCGACAGCUCGAGAAGUAGACUAUGAUAAAGUGAAUUGGGAGCGAGUCGCUGAAAGGGUCUCCUCGGUGUCCAUGACCACUCGUAGCGCUAAAGAGUGCGAGAUAAAGUGGAAAGGAGAUAGACAACCAAGUGUCAAUCGAAGCAACUGGAAGCCCGAUGAAACCUUCCGUAUGCGAACUCUCGUAUCUUCCUACGGAGAGCAGCAGAUCGACUGGGUCAAGGUUGCCGAGCAGCUUGGAACUGGGAGAACGCCAAUAGACUGUAUGCGACAUAGCCAUACACGCAAAGGUCAUUUUUGGACAACAGCAUACGAUGCACGCCUACGCGAAGCGGUGGAGAAAUACGGUGUCAAUAACUGGCAUCUUGUUGCGAGUUAUGUGUCAGAAAAUGCAUCACCACAACAAUGUAUACAACGUUACAGUCGUACGCUCGAUCCUGCCAUCAAACGCGGCGCGUGGAGUUCAGAAGAGGACGAGCGACUACGAAAAACAGUGCAAAUAUACGGCCAGUCUUGGAUCGACGUCGCCCUGUUCAUCCCGGGCCGUACGAAUGACCAGUGUCGCGAGCGGUGGUCAUCCCAUCAUGACCCAGCCAUUCACAAAGCAGACUGGACGGAGGACGAGGACAAGAGACUGCAGGACGCAAUCGCAAAGCUUAGCGAUUUAAACUGGGGUAAAAUCGCUGAGCUGGUAGGGCAUGGAAAGACGCAAGAUAUGUGCCGUGUCCGCUAUCACACCCUCUUUCCAGCAUCGCGCCUCAGUUCUUCCCCAGACACCCCGGAGUCAGGUACGUCAGCAGCAUAGUCUUUUCUCCAUGAGUCGUGUGCGUGACAAGCAGCACACAGAAGACGAUGCCGCCAUGGCUCAGACCAGACUAGCCGUUAGACGGAACUCCAACUCGGAGCUGUUUUUUGUGCAACCUAUCGUAGAUGCAUAUCCCAAGAAGCAUGCCCGUAGGCCAAGGCGCGGUCGCGACCUGGAAAAAUCAAUUGAAGCAACUGCUGGUGCAAUUCCAAUGCCCAAUGACAAUGAGACGCCAGCUCCUUCGGAGCAGGUUCAUAGCGUCACUGAAGGUCCUGAUGUGGACGCCCCCGCACCGAAGAAACAGAGAACUCGACCGCGGCAAAAGAAAAGUAUUAUCAAGGAUGAAGCCUCACAGACUCCCCAGUCAGGGAAUGAUGAUCCAAGCGAAGAGUGACGGGUCUGGCAUGCUAAAUCUCAAUGGAUUAAGAAUUGUUUGGCCGCAUGUCUUACCUUGCUGUCUUCACAAUUUACGCCUUCCGCCAACACGGCUAUAACUUACACUAAUCCAAGAAUAUGUUCAUUAAGGAGGCUCAGAUUACUAGUGAUACAUCGGCCAAGGAGACGGUUGAGAAGCAAUAGCAGAAAGGAGCAGCAAUGAUUACGAGCCAAUCUUCCAACGCUUCCUAGAAUAGGUAGAAGCUUCCCAGUUUACGAUGUGGCCCAGUAACUCGCCAUCCUCCUGCCCAAGAUUGUCUUCCGUAGCUAGGAGUAGGUUCUUGAGAGACUCUUGUACCAAACCCGCAUUUUUGAGCUUUUUCUCUAGAGAUGGGAGGGCAGCUUUUUUGGGUGGGGACGCC